AUGCUCGUGACUUACUAUCUCUUUAUCUUGUUCCUACUAAUCCCGAGUUGUGAUGGUAAAUCCGUGAACAUGGGAGAGGUGGUUCUGAAAUACUACAAAGAUUGCCUGCACAAAUACGUGUCCAAGUAUUUUACCGGUAUCGCCGUCUUCACGUUGGAAGAGGAUGGCGGUUACUAUGAGUAUAACGUGAAUUUGACGGAGGAGACAGUUAGUAAGAAGAGGUAGGUUUUUUUUCAGUUUUUGGAAGAAACUUUGUUUACAAAAACUAUUUUUCAGGUUUUUAGAGAAAAUUUGUUUUGUAAAGAAAGUUCAUGCCAUCGUGUUUUGUAAAGAAAGUUCCUGCCAUUUUAUGUUUUGUAAAGAAAGUUCUUGCCAUUGUAUGUUUUGUAAAGAAAGUUCUUGACGUUAUAUGUUGUGUAAAGAAUUUUCUUGUUAUAUAAUGGUUUUUAAAGAAAGUUCUUGCUAUUUUAUGUUUUGUAAAGAAAGUUCUUUCCAUUUUAUGUUUUGUAAAGAAAGUUCUUGCCAUUUUAUAAUUUGUAAAGAAAGUUCUUGUCAUUUUAUAUAUUGUAAAGAAAGUUCUUGCCAUUUUAUGACUUGUAAAGAAAGUUCUUGUUGUUUUUCGCUUUGUAAUGUAAGUUCUUGCUAUUUUCAGAAAAGGAAGUUACAACAUCAAAGGCCAUGCCUUGUUUUUCAUAGUGGCAGACGCGAGUUUGAGUAGGAAAAUCUUGGCAAAAACUUCAGGGUAGGUUUAUUUUAUUGUUCUUAUCAAAUGCAAUGAUAAUAAUGACAGCAUUAGCCGGCCCUAAGUCAGUGGAACUCCUGUACAACGAAUUGCUCGAGGUUUUAAAAUUUGGUCGUUAUAAAGGAGUUUUGUUGUACAGGAUUUUUAAAUUCAUUGUGGAGUGGCUGGACAAGUAAAGUAUUUUGUUGCAGGAAAUAAGCUGGGCCUCUAUAGCCUUGGUUUGGGGCCGGCUGUUAAGCUUGCACAUUCCGGCCUCGUUUCAAAAUUGUUUCGGCCUAGGGUUUGGGUCCGGGCCUAUUGACCUUCUUUUCAGGUUAGCUAGGUCGUCUAGUUAUUCGAUUUUUUUAAUCUGGCCCGUGGAGUCUUGUUUUUAGGCUUGACGCUCAAGGCUAAACAUAGGGAUCGGGACGGGCCUGAGUGUUAGCCCCGGCUUGAUCUAAACCUUGCUUGGUCUGGCCCGGUCGAUUUUUUUACGUGCAACGGGCCGGGUUUUUUUUGAGCUGGGCCUUGAUUUUCAGGCUCGGUUCGACCUAAAUUUAGAUCAAGCCCGGCCCGUUCUCGAUGUUUAGUCAAGUCCAAAUGUGCGGGUCCGGCCCGGACCCUUUGAAAUUUUUUUUGGCCCGGGCCAGUUGAGCCGAGCCUUGCCAGGCCUAAUGGGUCUCCUGUCAAGUCUAGUUCCAAUGCACUUCUUUAUCAGUAAAUUUGCAGCAAUUUCUAUCCUUUGCCCUACAUUAACCAUGACUUUCAGCUCCCACUUCAUAGCCUAUAACACAGAAACAAUGGAAAAGCUGAAAGCCCCCAAGGAGCUGGCACCCGGCUACAUGAUAGUCCUGCACAAUCGUACCGAUUUUAUUGAUUUCGAAAAGAAAAAAGUGUAUCACCAUGAUUUCGAGAAUAAUGAGUUCACUACCACCAAAUUCAGGGGCAGUGUCGACUAUACCUACACACUGCGUCCUGACGACAACCUUCUUUACGCUUACAAGGAGGACAAGUGCUUCAAAGCCGAGUUUUUUAAUAAGGUUUGGAGUUUUAAAAAUGUUUUGAAUUUAAAAAAAAUUUUUUUUUUUUAAUUUUUGAUUUGAAGCCUAAAACAAUGUCGAGGAUUUCAGAAGGACCCGUACGCAAUGACAAAUAAGAAACCAUGCGGAAAGAAGUUUAAAAUCAUCAAGGACAAUAUCGCUUUCGACCUGGUAAGUUUAUGUUACUUUUUUUAAGUUUGUCAAGUUUUGAAACUGUUUAAAAAUUGUUUUAAAAAUUUGCCAAAUCUUAGUCUAAAUUUUUAAAAUUUUUAUAAAAUUUACUUUUUUAUGUUUUUAAAUGACAUUUUAAACCUAUAUUAAUCAAAAAUUUGCAAAAUUACUUCCAUAAUCGGCCAAAAAAGGUAAUUUAGACGAAAUGCCACAGGAGUUAUUGGAAAAAAGGGAACUGAACUGGACAGAGUUUUGUUUUUGAAGGAAAUGUGUCGCGAAAUUGAAUGUCUUUACGGGUUUUUCAUGUUAAUAUCAUUGUAAAAUUAAUCUUUUAUAUUUUUAGAACGUAAAAUUUAAACUUUCUUAAUUGAAUCGGCAUUUUUGAUUAAUUUGGGCAAGGGUAAUAUAAGUUUCGGGACAGCAUUUUUUCUUGAAGGAAAUCUGUCGCAAAAUUGAAUGCUUUUACGGGUUUUUGGUGUUAUAACGACAGUAAAGUUCAUGUUUUAUGUUUUAAAAAUAUAAAAUUUCUCUUUAUUAUUUGAAAACGGUUUUUUUUUAUCAAUUUGGAUAAGGAUAAUAUAAGUUUCGGAACAUCAUUUGGUUCUUGAAGGAAACGUGUCGCAUCUUUUUACUGGUUUUUGAUGUUAAUAUCGUUGUAAAAUUACCCUUUUAUAUUUUUAAAACAUAAAAUUGUAAAUUUCUUAAAUAAAAAUGACUUUUUUGAUUAAUUUUGGCAUGGAUAAGAUAAGUUUCGGGACAGCAUUUGAUUUUUGAAGGAAAUUUGUUGCUUUCCCGUUUUGAAACAACCAUUUUCAGAGUUUCUUGACGUACUUAACAAGGAGUUGUACUGAUUUGUGGUACAUUAGGCCACCAUAUGCGGUAACAUAUGUUUUGUUCAAAGGGAAACACCAGGAAGAGUAAGUAGUUUUUAUUGCUUUUGUUGAAUUUUUAGGUAACAAAGAGAAAAUCAAUGUUGGAAUUUAAUAAUCAGAAGAGAUUGUAUGUGAUUGUUAUGCUCUUUAAGGUUUUUUUUGAGUUUUGAGUGUUUUGUUACCUAAACUAUACGAAAAUAAUGAUAGGUAAAAUGGGUUUAGAUUUGACUUUUGUUGCUUUUUAAAGUUGAGUAUGUUUUGAAGAGGUAUGUUUAUAUUGUCUUAGCUUGAAAUUUGACUUUAAAAUAUUAUUUAUGGCUAAUUCUAAUGUUUUAGCUUCAAUUUACUGUUUUUCCCAUUUUUAUCACCAAAAAAUGAAAUAUUUUAAAGUGAAAACAAACAAAAAAUCGUAAAAAUCAUUUUAAAAUUGUUUUUAAUCUUUUUUUCUUAUACUAUUUGCCUGUUACCGGUCGUAAUAUCAUUGUUUUUAAGUAAAAAUUGAUGGGUAACAGUUUUAAAUUUUAAAAAAAAUUUAAGUUUUUAGGUAACAAAUUCGACUUUUUUGAAAUUAGGUUUUUUGAUUUUUGUUUUGUUUUAGGCUUGAUCACUUUGGACGGAACGUGACAUUUUAUUCUCUGCUAUUUGCCUUACUUAUACUGGCGAUUUUAUGUAUAGUUGGUAGUACAAUAUGCAUCUUGAAAUGGCGGGGACGAAACGUAAGAUUUUAUUUGUGUUAAUUUUUAGGUGAUUGACAAAUGAGAAACAGGCUGCGUGUGACAAAUUAUACGAUGUUCUGUUAACUUUAAAACAUUUUUUUGUAGUUUAAUGGUUUGUAAAGAAAUUUUUUGCGAUUUUUUGGUUUGGAAAGAAAGUUCUUGUCAUUUUAAGGUUUGUAAAGAAAUUUCUUGCCGAUUUGUUUUUUUGUAAGGAAAGUUUAUGACACUGUGUUUUGUAAAGAAAGUUCUUGCCAUUUUAUGUUUUGUAAAGAAAGUUCUUUCUAUUUUAUGAUUUGGAAAGAAAGUUGUUGUCAUUUUAUGGCCUGUAAAGAAAGUUUUUGCCAUUCUAUGUUUUGGGAACAGUUUUUGCAAUAUAAGGAAUACUUUUUUCAACUUCAGAAGGAAAAGGCGGACAAAGAGCGAACUGAGAAGAAGGAGAAGAGCACAGACACCGUGAGUAAGAAGAAGAAGAAAACAGUAAAGAAAGGAGCGACAAGAACCGACACCGACAAUCAAGAGAGUUCGUCAAUGCCGGCUUCCAAUGCUAAUGACGAUUCAAAUGUAUGCAAAUUUAAAAAAUUUAAAUUUUUCGAAUUUUGAGCAUUUAGGUAACAAUCAAAUCCGAAACUUGUUUUAGGUAACAAUUCAAGACCUACUGGAAAACGAGGUCCUAAGAUCCAACCUGUUCGCCUUAAAUGAGGUCGAGAAUCUGGAGGCCGAGAUCCCGAACAUACCAAUGACUGGCAAACCCCAACCCACCUCAGGAAUGUACACCCAGUUCAAGGAGGUCGGCGUGACAAUACCCGCAGGCACUUUCCAGGCAAUGUUCGGACAGUACGACUUUGUCAUGGGCGCAACACCCAGCACCUUAUUUUAUGAGUACGAGAGUUGUGGCAUGAACAGGAUCGAGGUAUGGUGAUUGGGUUUUGUUGGGUUGUGGUUUUAGGUAACAAAAAAGAUGUAUCUGAGCUAAAAAAUAGAAUUUUAGGUAACAAAAAGGUGAUUUGCAGCCAAAAAUUGUAUUUUAGGUAAAAAAAGAGGUCUUAAACUAAUAAAAAAAGAGAAAUUUUAGGUAAUAAAAAGGUGAUUUUUAGCUAAAAAAAUUGAAUUUUAGGUAACAUAGUCCUGAUUUUUAGGUAACAAAAAGAGAUUGAGGUUGCGAACAGGUGAUUUUUACAGCCAAAAAUUGUAUUUUAGGUAACAAUAAUGUGAUUUUUAGCAAAUUUAUUGAUGUUUAGGUAACGGUCGAUAAUUUUUUUAACAAUUGCUUUUCAGGCGAUGGCAGCAGUAAUGGUUGAGGCUGAAAGGAAGGGUAAAUACGAACGCAUACCGAAGCUUAAGGGUACGAAAAACGUGAAAGAAGGUAUCAAUGUUCGACUGCUCGUCACUGAUAGGGUAAGGGAUGAUUUUUAAACAUUUUUUGUAAAAAAGUUAUUUUUAAACAUAAGUUACAACUGGAAAUGCUAUUUAUAAUAAAUGAUUUUAGCUCGGCACAUCAAUAGAAGGCGACUGCAAGUCAGGAAAACUGGAAUUCGAAGAGAAAAUUGACAUUUUCUACCAAACCCUGCAAUGCCUCGAGGACUUACAAAUCGCUCACAUUGUUCAUCGCGACGUGAAGCCAGCAGCCUUCAGAUAUCAUCUGGACGGACCUAAAAUCUAUCUAACUUUGUUGGGACUGGCCCGAGUCAAACAGUACGAGAACCGAGAGCGGGUACCCUUCUUUGGCAACAUGACCUUCUGCUGUCCGAACGCUCAUUUGAAAAAGGAGCGAACGUUCGCGGACGACCUGAUAUCGUGGUUUUAUAUGGUGUGCUGGACAAUCGAUAAAAGGCUGUUGGGCUGGAUUGGAGUGGUUGAUGUAAGGAUAGGGUUGGUUUUUGGAAGGGCAUGGGCCGGGUAAUUUAUAUGAGUUUGGAAGACCCGGCUUACGUAGUAUAAUAUGUAAUUUUAAAGACAUAAUUUUAAUUCAUCACAAUUUUAGAAACGAUCGAUCUACCAAAACAAGGUCGACAUGUUCACCACGACCUUCUUCAAUCCACUGGUCGACAAAAUGGUCACCAAACCGAUUGAGAACAAAUUCCUGAAGGAACUUCAACUGGCCGUCGCACUACAAACCAAAGAAAUCUACGUCGAGUAUCCCAAGGUUUUUGCGGUCAUAGUAAGUUACAAAUCCGACGCAACAAAACCAUCCACCGGCGGCACGGCUACAACGGCAUAA